UCUCAGGCAACGCCUGUGUGCAAUUAGCCUAAUAUAAAUUAAGUAAUCGGGGUAUUGUUUUCUUCUGUCACGAUGACAGUUGUGUUUUUUUCUAAAGAGAGUUUGUAAAUAGUUUAAAAGGGUUUAGAGAGCGAGAGAGAGGGUAAAACCGUAACUUUGGAAAGCGACAUAAGGGGACAUAAACCCUUGAAGGCGACAGGAAAGCAGUUAAUAUUUACCUGAGGAGUUUCAGCGCAUGAAAUGAAGAGGAUGACGCUUUGCGUUAAAAAGAGCCCGUGUUUCUGCAUAUCUCCUUGUUCGCUUGUAGAGGUUGUCUUGGUAAAAAGGCAAGUGGCUGUAAUGGGGUCGCUCGGCCGGUUAAAAGGCGGCAGCGCUAUCGGGCAGGAUAAAACCCAAGAGCUGUUUGAAAAGGUAUGGUGUUCGUCUUUGUCGCCCGGCUCUUCACCUCAUGCCAUGACAGAGAAAGCCAUCUGUACCAGCUGUGGCACUGAGAUCGUUGACAAAUAUCUGCUGAAGGUGAACGACAUGUGCUGGCACGUGAGAUGCUUGUCGUGCAGCGUGUGCCAAACGUCUCUGGGCAGACACAUCAGCUGUUAUAUAAAAGAAGAGAUAUUCUGUAAAUUGGACUACUUCAGGAAGUACGGAACACGUUGCGCUCACUGUGGUAGGAACAUCCAUUCAAACAACUGGGUCCGCAGAGCAAAAGGAAACACCUACCACCUGGCUUGUUUUGCUUGCUUCUCCUGCAAGAGACAGCUGACCACAGGAGAAGAGUUUGCCCUGUUGGAUGAGAGGGUUGUGUGUCGUGUGCACUACGACUGCAUGUUGGAGAACCUGAAACGUGCCAUGGAGAAUGGAAAAGGAGUGAAUGUGGAGGGAGCUGUUCCCUCAGAGCAGGAAGUAAAUCAGCCUAAACCAGCCAAGAGGGCACGGACAAGUUUUACAGCUGACCAGCUACAGGUAAUGCAAGCCCGGUUUGCUCAGGACAACAAUUCAGAUGCCCAGACUUUACAAAAGUUGUCAGAAAGAACUGAUCUAAGCCGGAGGGUUAUUCAGGUUUGGCUCCAGAACUGCCGAGCUCGUCAUUAGAAGCAUGUUAGCCCAAAUCACUCUUCAGCCGCCCCAGUGUCAUCUCUGCAGUCCACUCGGCUUUCUCCUCCUCUAAUAGAUGAACUUCAGUACACUGCUUUUGCCCCUGUAGACACCCCUAUGCUGACUGUGCUACACUCCUAUAUGGAUGCCUCUCUUGCCCCACUCAAUGACACAGCUGCCCAUCAGCCAUGCCCAAGGUGUCCACUGCUGCCACAUGGUCAGGUCAGAGUUCAGAGGACAGCAUGAGGAAAUAUAGAUUUUUCUACUGGCUAUUGAACAAGACCAAUGCUACUUUAUCUUUCAUGGGCACUUAUUGAAGGAUAUUAAAAAGUCCUAAAUGUGAAAAGCCUGAAGUUUUUGAUGUGUAUAUGUAUGUGUGUGUGUGUGGUGGAAUAAAUGGCAUUUAGUUUUUCUUGUAUGUGAUUGAGCACUUUUUUAAA